AUGGUUGGUGCGACUCGGAGAGAUCCCCCAGGGGGCUGGAUGGUUCUUGUAGGUCGACGAGAUCCUAAACUUCGAGGGAGCGAGGACGAGGCCUUCUUACAAUACUCUUUUGUGCGCAUUCGUGCACUAUCUGUUGACACAGCACGCGAGGAAGAACAACAACAACGACAAGAAGAAGACGAUAUCUUGAACUCCGUCGAGGUCGUCGGCGGGCUGACCGACUUCCUCCGCCAAACCGCACCAAACACGGAUAUUCCCACGUGGGAGACACGGCUGGAGGACCUCGAGAGCGAUUUAUCUACAGCUUCAUUCGAACCAACCCCAUACAGUGCCUCGUCGUCGACUGACGUGUCCGUAAAUACGUGGGUCAGACAGAUCGUGGAAGAGCGCCAACUGGGGGAGGGACCGGACGUGGAGGACGAGUUCAUGGAGCAACAGCGCCUAGAGCAAGAGCUCUUGGACGCACGAGCGGGGGCGAAAGAGGUCGAGACGAAAGAACGCUGCAAUGAGGUCCGCGUUAUGACUGAGAGGCAGGCCCAUACUUUGCUCGACCGGUUACGGUGA